UUUCAUUGCGAGGUUCAUUUGCUUUCCUCCAUUCUUACUUCUACCGAAGGAAUGGAACUCUCUCUUCUCCCCUACCAACAGCAACAUCCCCCGUCUCUCCGCCUCACUCUCCUUUUGAGAAAGAGACCAUACAAUCGGAAUUCAUCGGUGGUGCGCUGUUGCUGCUCUUCGUCUGAUGAUCAGCCAAUACCCAGUGCGUUGCUUCUGCCUUCUGGUGGAAGGAGGGCACUCAUGGGCUGUUUUCUUACAGCAGCCACUGGUAUUUACAUUUGUGACAAGGCUGCUGCAGUUAGCACAAGUAGAAGAGCUCUUAGAGGGGCAAAGAUUCCUGAGAGUGAAUACACAACCCUCCCAAACGGUCUGAAGUACUAUGAUUUAAAGGUUGGAGGUGGGCCAGAGGCUGUGAAGGGAUCACGAGUUGCAGUCCAUUACGUUGCCAAGUGGAAGGGUGUAACUUUUAUGACAAGUAGACAAGGACUCGGGGUUGGUGGUGGAACGCCUUAUGGUUUUGAUGUGGGUCAAUCUGAGAAAGGAUCUGUCCUUAGAGGAUUAGACCUGGGUGUUGAAGGUAUGCGCGUUGGAGGUCAGGUGAGAUGGUUUCCUGGUAUGAUAUUUCUUUAUUACAUGGGUAUCCUUUGUUCAGAUAAUGUAUGGCAUGUAGAUAGUAGUCCUAUAAAAUUGAGAAAUUAUGACAAAAUGAAAGCUUUUUAA